UUACAUUCAAGCACCUGUUGUCUGAGAUUUUAGUAAAAACGUAAAUAAAGAAGUAAAUAAACUCAACAAAAUGGAUUUUUUAAAGGCUGAAUUAGAAAGAAAGAAACGCCAAAUAAAGGAAAAUAGCGACAUUGUAGCUCCAAACAAAAAGUACUUCAAGCGAGGUGACCUGGCAGCAAAGCAAGAGGAAGCAUACUGGAGCAAACAUAAACGUCAUAUCAGUGUAGACAGUGAGGAGGCAGUAGAGGACUCAAAGACAGAACAAAAGACUGAUGAGAAAACACAGGAGCAGGUCAUGUUACAUAGGAAGGAGGUGAUCAGACGAUUAAGAGAAAUAAAUGAGCCGAUUCUGCUGUUCGGGGAGUCUGAGUAUGAUGCAUUUGUCCGUCUGAAAAAACUAGAAUCAAUGGAACCAGAUUUUAGUAAGGGUAUGGGUGCAGGGUCGAAUGACUUCAAGGCUGCUAUGGAUCGAGUGGACCAGGAGUAUAUGGAGGAGAUUAUGAAGUCUGCGGAUGGAGAGGGGUCAGCGGGUGGUAAACAGAUUGUCUCCGUGAAGGAUGAUGGCACCACACUGGAGGAUAUUGAGAAAUGGAAGCAGGAACUUGGAAAAGGGGACAGCAAUAAGGACCAGGAAAUUAUAUUACGAUAUUUAAAGUUUGUUUUAAAAACCUGGGGUAAUGACAUAAACCACGUUAAGACAGAGUCAGAAAAACGCAGCUUCAAGGGUAAACUGAACGCCGCCAUGCACCAGCAAACAGUCGUCUACAUGAAACCAAUGUUUAGAAAACUUAAAACUAAAUCAAUGCAGGCAGACAUUCUAGAGUGUUUGGUGCAGAUUAUUGGACACCAGCUGGAUCGACAUUACAUUAAAGCCAACGAUGCCUAUUUGGAAAUGGCUAUUGGCAAUGCCCCAUGGCCUAUUGGGGUCACUAUGGUUGGCAUUCAUGCCAGAACAGGACGAGAAAAGAUUUCUUCAAGAUAUGUAGCACAUGUGCUCAAUGAUGAAACACAGAGAAAAUAUAUUCAGGGUUUGAAAAGGAUCAUGACCCAGGCACAGAUAUUUUUCCCAACUGACCCCUCCAGAAGUGUUAACUUUGAACCAAUUCACCAUUGAACCAUUAUACUAUGCAAAAAGCUACAUACAACCAAAAUACUGUACAACUAUGAUUUUGGGUGAAAAACCCAUUGUUGUUUGCCAUUCAUAUGUUAUCAACUUUGGCUGAAAUAUUAAAGUUAAAACCUUGCCACACAUCAUAUGACCUUAACGGUUUUUAGAUACAUGUAAAUACAAAUGUUUCAAAAUCUUGCUUGUAAGUCUAUUUGGAUCAUAGGGCAUUUCCUAUUAAUAUUAUAAUCAAGUCUGCCAGUCCUGGGCUGUAGCUGGUAAUAAAUGAUGAGAUCCAGCAAAUAGACUGAUAUUGUAAGUCCUUGUGUCAGGUAAAAACACUUGGGAAGGAAUCAAAGAUUUUUUUUGAAAAUAAAUCAUUCAACUUCAGAAAUGGAUUCAUAGCUGUGUAUUAUAAUAAUGCACUGAUCUCUUAAUCCCAUUGUUUUCAUUUAACAGAUGACCUAUGUUUUGUUAUGACAUUAAUAUAGCUGUGUAAGCCUUAUCAAAGUUCAAUAGCCUCAAUCGCAAAACCAGGAGGUUGGCAGGCUAUGUCCACGCUGCUUGUAUCUUAGCCUGACAUUUUAUUUUAAACCUUAAUAUUUAUUUCUCUAGACUUCGGGAAUAACACGUAUAAAAUGAUAUUAUUUCUUAUGUAUGUGAUCGAAUCAAAUAAAAUAAUUGGCUAAAACAUGUAUAAAAAUGGUAUUAUUACUUGUGUAUGUGAUCACAUCGAACCGAGGGAAAAUUUCCAUGCAAUCAUUGCGCAGGCGCAACGGGAUUACCCUUUAUACGAUUGGAUUCUAUUUUCUGUACGAUUUAUUAUUAGAAACAAAACGUUUUGGGGUAAACAUUUAGAAAAAGGUAGAAACAGGUAUGCUUCUCUGUUUUGAUUGUUUUUUCAUACUUUCUCUUGUUCCAUGAAAAUGGGCUUCUUUUUUAGUGUAAUAAAGCUGUCGAAUUGUUGGUGCAUGGUCACUCAAUUAUUUAUAAUAAAUGUGUAAAAAUGU